GUGUAUGGCUGCAGUACCCAACUUCGCAUUCACACUGGGCAGAUAGCCUUUUCUUUGCGGCAGGCAUACGCAAGUGCUUUUCAGCUUGUGUGGGGAUAGAAGCACACACACACACACACACAAGUCUUCUAUUCCGCGUUUCCUCUCUUCAGAAAAGUCGCGGAUCUGCUCUGUGCGUUCUCGCUCCGCGCUUUUUCUCUCUUCUCCUCUGCCUCUUCUCAACUCCUUGUCUGGAAAGGCGGUGCUUGUGUGUGUGAUAUCUUUUCUUUUCCAUUUGUAAGUAGGUGCGUGUUGCUUUUGUGUUGGUCGGUUUUCUCCCUCUUCCGUCUCUCUACAACACAUUAUUUUAAAUCCUGCAUUUAUAGCGGCCUCCUCCCCACCCCCCCCCCUUUCCCCUCCUAUUUUUUUGUUAGAAUUACAUUUCUACUGUAUAUAUAAUCACAUCGUUUCAUCUAGCCUUCUCGUUUCUCCGCGUGUAUUUUUUUCCCAUUUCUCCCUGUCUUUUCUUUGCCUCUUGUAUCGUAUUACUGUUGGGUUUUUUUUUUUGAAGGACGUACCUGUCGCUACCCUCACGGUGACCGAAAAGGCAUAUAUAAUUUGUUUUGGGGGUCUUUUUGGUUUUCUCCUCCGGUUGCGGUGGAGAAGGCAGUCAGAAGGCGAAAACCGUAUACAUGUAUGUAUGUAUGUGUGAGUACGUAGAUAUAUGUACUAAAGCUACUCUUUGCCUCUCAAAUCGCACUGUGCAAAUUGCAGAUUGUUGAGCUGCCGUUUACAGCUUCGGAAAAAAACACUAUAAAAACGGAAGCCGGCGACAAGAGGAGCCAACUAAGCGAAACCCUUUUCUUCUUUCUUACAUUGCAGAGUUGUCACGUGUGUAGGAGACUUCUGUAUUCCACACAGUUCAUUCCUUUUGACUGCUGCUCUGUUUUCUUGUUCUUCAUAGAGAAACCUUUUUUGUUUCUCUCCAUUUCCAUCUUUCGCUGUAACUGUAGAGUUGUUGUCGCCGCUCUCGUGAGCUUCAUCCUUGCUUCGUCAGCUGUUCAUCCCUUUUUCCGUGUGUGUGCUAUUUCGUGCUAACCGUUUCGCAUCUUAUUGUUGUUAGCAGCUUUUCUGUUUUUGGCAGCUUCUCCUUUCUCUUGUAACUCUGCGACGUACGGUCUCGUUUGUGUUCUUCCUUCUUGGUUAUUAAACUUUAUCUUUUUUUUUUGCCUUUGUUAUUUUCUUCAGCUCUGUGCUUCUCUUUUCAUUCUUAUCCCUUUUCUUUCUCUCUUUCGCCUUUACCUGUUCGGCCUUGUGACCACAAAAAAGCCGAGCGAAGGACGGAGCGAGAGUUGAGCGGUACUGUGAAAACAACAGUCGUCUGCAAAGGCACCAAAGGGGAAGGGUCAUGCUAUACUUGUGUGCCCCUUCGUCCUUCUGAUCCUUUCAAACGGUUCUGUCGAGGAUAUCAUUGUUAUUAUUUAGUAUUUAUUAUUAUUUUUCGCCGUGUAGAGUUUCCUCAUAGUCACGUAAUAGGUGCUGUUGCUCUCUGUCGUUUGUUCCGCCUGCUUUCAUUCUAUUUUCGUGUCUUCUCUUUUUCUUUUCGCACAUUCGCGUUGGGUCCUGCGCAUCGUCCAGCAACACCGGCUUCGAGCACUGUCCUUUGUGUUUUUUUUUUUUAAAUCAUUCGUGUUGAGAAAGUACUGCAUCAGCAUCUACAACAGCAGUCGCGAAGAAAGAAGAGCGAGUCGGCAAUCGGGAAACAAACGAGGUGCUUUUGCUAAGUCGUCGAAGUCCGCACAGCAUCAUCGUAAUGUAUCCGGUGCAGUUACGGCGGCCCAGAAGGGGCGCCGACCUUGUACUGCCUGAUGUGCCCAUGUUAGACUCCCCCGAAUGGAGUGACGAGGAAGCGGAGAGCAAAACUUCCAACGUCGCUCCGCAGGAAACGAACCCUAUGGCGGCUCCUUUUGCUGCCGCCACACCACCGAUGAUGAUGAACCUAGGCGCGACGCAACAGAACGGCAAUAUGCGCUACAGUGCUGGUCCUUCGUCGCGGAUCGUGAUGCCCCCACCACAACUGCCACAACCAGUAAAUGGUGUGCGCUACCCUAGUCCAGCCCCUGUGCAGUCUUCGCCUCCGUCGUUGGAGCAGCAACGGCAGCAGCAGCAGCGCCAAGCGCGCGCACCGGUGAAGCUGGUCGUGCCGAACGACCCUUGCGGCUAUCUCGCGCGCCACGGCGGUAAUGGUGGUGGUGCCGGUGGUGGCCGAUGUGGUCGGGUUGGCACGAGCAGUAGGGUUUACAACGCAGCUCCGCGGGGUGGCGAUGGUCUGCCGGGGUCAAGGGGCAACAACAACAGGAGGGACCGCGCUGAGCAGCGCCGUGGGGAGGUGGCAGGCAGGCGGGACCACCUAGGAGACGCCGCUGCAGAGUCGCUGCAGAUAGAUGACGAGGAGCAGGACAACGACGGAGAGGAGGACCGCGACGAGUUCGGUCUUGGCGACGACGGCUACGGCUGCUGCGGCGAUCAGCAUCAUUCCCCCUACCUCGCCGCGUUGGGCUCCUUCGCUGCACCGACGCUGGCCAGUCAGGCGCAAUUUGGACGUGGGAGUCUCUUCGUCUCGCAUCAACACGAUAGAAAAACCGACGACGGCAAAGGCGAGGAGGAGGUGAAUCUGAACAGCAGCAGCGGGGCGCAACACUCCGCUGACGGCGGCGAUGACACGCACGACCUCCAAGGAGGCCGCGGGAAGGACGUGGCCGCACUGCUGCACGCUCCCCAAACGGGGCAGCCGAGCAAUAGCAACGUGACGAUGCAGAAGCAACGGAAGCCGUCGCUGCUGAUGUUGCCAACCAUCCGUAGUGUUCCACAUCACGACGGCGCCGACGGCUUACUUGCGGGCAUCGGCAACAACCAUAACAAUAAUCGCUCCGACAACUCUACCGUCCCGUCCGUCUUUCACGCGCCACUUGCGGCGGACACCGUGGCAGAGGAGGCAGAGGAGGAUGACGAGUUCUUACACAACCGCCUUAGCCGCGGCACCUCCACGGUGUUCGUUGGGCCGCAAAGUGUCCGACUGGAACGAUCUACCGGCCCCGCGACGUACACCUAUGGAGGUGGCGCCCACCCGCAGCAAUUCCAAAACGGUGUGGCGUCCCCGCAAAGCAGCGACGACACGACACGCGCGCACACCGCCUUGAUCAGUCACCACGGCACCUUCUUGAUGUUGGCGGAGGAAGCCAAUCGCCCAGCAUCGAGGCCAAAGCUCUCUCCUCUGGGCCGCCCGGUCAUCGACGCGCCGUUUGACGCCAAGGGUGCCAACUCACCACUACACCUGCUGUCUUCCUCACCGAUGCACUCGCCGCUUAUGGAGGCAUUCCAGAAGGUGCGGAGCCCUGACCGAGAAGGAGGCGCCCCGCACCGGCACAGUCCUGCCCCGGCGGUGUCCCCUUCACAGGGUAACUUCUUCGAGGGCAACCAGUCCACCUCCUCCAACAACGACUACGACUCACUUCGGGAGAGCAAGAGCGUGGUGCCAGUGCCGACGGCCCUAAAGACCGACCCGCCGUCCGACAGCCACGCCGACCUCAGCGGAGACGAAAGCGAGGAGGAGCGCUACGAGCAAAUGCAGCAGUCCCGCUUCUUCCAGUCUCUCAACUCCCGCCUGCACACGCAACGAACCGUGGAGACGGAUACGAACCGGGUCAACAACACGUUCGCCAGCAUGACGUGGCAGGGCGCCAGCACCGCCCACAACGCGAGCGAGGAUGACGUGAUCGCCUUUACCUCUGGCGGAGACAGCGGCAGAGAGGGUUGGGGCGCUGUUCGCGGCACCCGGGGCCCAUCGACAGGGAUGACGACCCCCUCCGCUUCCAGCUCCAAUCCUGAUCGUCUCAACUUCCGCCAUCGCAUUGUAUCGCGACAGCAGCAACCGCAGAACAACCAGCAGGUGCAGCCACUCUCGCGCUUUCCACCCACCUACGCCGCGGCCUCUGCGAUGGCUAGCUACGCGACGGUGAAGAGCAACAGCAGUGGCGACAACAGCUCAAAGGCGUCGCCAAGCAAUGGGUCUCUCAACUUCCGACGGGGUCUCACAAGUGGCGACGCCAACGCGGAAAGUAGCGCCUUCUCGAUGGAUGCAAACGCGACCAGGAACGUCAAGGUCACCGCCGCCGCACGAGACGCGGAAGACAACAUGUACGAGACGGUGGCGCAGCCAAAUUUUGAGCUGAGUACCGCAACCGCGGCCGGGCUGGGCAGUUACGAAAGGGACGAGUACGGGCUGCUCAACUGGGUCAUUUCCCCAACUGGGACGCGCCGCACCUCGACUGUGUCCGUGGAAGAUCCACUCGAGACGGCGGCUGCCUCAACGCGAGUGAAUCCGUUCUCCUCCGCCAGCGGCAACCGGCGCUACGUCAUGCCCAUCUCCCUGCAGCCCGCGUUGAUUACGAUACCAGGUAGGUCGACCGGCUCCGUCACGGUCGUGUCGCUGUCGGAGAAGAGCGUCACGGCGGCAGUGGCGGCGGUGUCUUUCCCGCCCUAUGCAACCAGCUCCGUGCAGCAGCAGCAUCAAUGUCCCUUCUCGGUUGAAAACGGACGGGCACAGUCGUCCUCGGCGGUCAGCGACACUUUGUCAUCGCAGGGGAUGCCCCACGCGCUGUCGUGCGCGCCAGUCGUGAAGCCCAGCGGCCCGGCGGGGCAGUGGGGGACAGACGACAGCGCUGGCCCGCAGUGGACAGCGAGCGACGCCUUCUACUUCCAAUCGGCCGCUUUCAGUCCCAUGACAGGUCAGCGGGGAAGUUCGCCGCCCCUCACCUUCCACCUGCCGCGAUCCCCGUCCUUCUCCGGUUGCCGCAACAGCGAAUAUUUUUUGCUGAACAGCUUCCGCAGCACCAGUGCGCUGCCGCAACACCCAAGUGGGCACAGCGAGGAUGCGAUGUCCCCAAUGCCGGCCGUUAUGGAGAGCAGCAACCAUCAACACCACAACACCAACUAUGGCGUGAUGGUGCGGUCGAGUGCCGUACGCAACAGCUCCUUCGCGCCGUCGCCGGGAAUUCAGCAGACGCGGCAGAACAGGUGGGGUGAGGGCGGCGACAGAAAGGAGCGGGCGAGUCGGCUGCCAGGCGGGACGCCAGCACAGGUGGUCGCCAUCGCCGUUGUCACCCGCUCGCCGCGACUACCAUCGGAGGCGUCCUCCGGCAUCAGCGUGGACGCCCUGCGCAGUGUAGACGACUACGGCUUUGCUGUGGACUCUGACAACGCCCUUUCGAGCCGCUGCUACGGAAUGGACUACGUCGCGGAUGGCUGCAGUUACCUGCCCCUCGUCAGCGUGAUGGCGUCGAGCGACGCGCCGCCGCGGCAGCCGCACAGCACUGGUGUCACCCGCAGCAACGACUCCUCGACACACACGUCGGAGGCACCGGGCCCCACUGGUCCCGCCACUCCCACUGCGGAGAGCAAUGCGGGUAAAUCGACGCAUCGCCGGCAGCGGCGGUUAUCGUCGGCGUCGGUGGACAACUCCGCCUCUUACUACUACCAUCAGCAAUACUCCCAGCCACCGCCGCAGCGUCGCCACAGUUCCCGCGAGGUGCUGCACACAACCUCGUCACGGAAGGACGCGAAUCCGAGUAAGAAGAAGGUGGAGCGCGGAGAGGAACCGUCGAGCAAGCUGCCUCGGUCGCAUGCGUCGUCGAAACCGCUGGCGAUGGGGCAGGGCAGGGGAAAAGGCUCUCCGAAAGUCCCGCAGGGGCCGAGCCAUGCGAAGAGCGGGGUGCCGCCGGUGGUGCCGCCGUCGUCGCGUCGCGUGGAACAGCAGCCGGCGUUUGCCGUGCUGCACUCGUCCGAGCACCGUGCGCACACCGCGGUGUCUGCGUCGUCGAAGCAAGCGCAAAAGCAGAACAACACCCAGUAG